AUGCUCCAGCUGGCACCAACACCAGCUGUCCUACGCAGCCAUUUCUGGCCGGGGCGGGCAGCACCCGCCAGAUCUGCCUCAACUUCAACCGUGGCCGCCCAUGCCAACACCAGCCCUGUGAACGCUUGCACGUCUGCUCAACCUGCGGCGACCGAGGUCAUCCCGCCGCUCGCUGCACCAACGACGGUCGCCGGGGACCCCGCCAGACGGACAAGCCCGUCGCAGCGAAGGAGUCUCCCCACGCCUCUGUACAUAGCCCGCCUAAUGACUCUUCUGCCUCGUAUUUCUAAUCGUGUCCUCUCUGACUUUAUCCUUCAUGGCUUGCAACACGGGUUCCCCAUUGGCCACUCUGGUGCUUCUGUAUCUAUCAUCUCUGGCAACCUCCCAACUGCCAUUGAACAUGCUCAGUUUGUACAACAACAAAUUGCUGACCGGGUCCGACAUGACGAAUCGGCCGGUCCUUUCUCGGUCCAGCCUUUCCACCCAUUUGUAUGCUCUCCGCUCGGCAUAGUGCCCAAGAACAACGGGAAAUUCCGCCUCAUUCACCACCUGUCUUACCCUGACCGUAUGUCUGUCAAUGAUGGAAUAAACAAGGAUUCGUUCUCCCUACAUUAUGUCACAGUGGACGAUGCCAUUGAGCGUCUGCAACGUCAAGGUACCGGUGCCUUGAUGGCGAAGCUCGACAUACGCAAUGCAUUUCGACUGGUCCCGGUCGCACCCACUGCAUACCAUUUGUUGGGUUUCCAGUGGCAGGGCCAAUUCUACUAUGACAAAGUACUGCCAUUCGGGCUGAGGUCCGCACCCUACUUGUUUAACUGCAUUGCGGACGCACUUUGCCAGAUAAGCUGUGAACUGUUCCAGGUUCCCCACCUCCUGCACCUUCUGGACGACUUCUGGCCCUGUGGCCCUGCAAACUCAACGCUAUGUGCGCAGCGUCUGAACGUAGUCCUCUCCGUAUUCCGCUACCUGGGAGUUCCCAUUGCCGACGAAAAGACAGUCGGCCCAACCUCCUGUCUCACCUUCCUGGGCAUCGAACUGGACUCCGUCCAGAAAGUGGCUCGUCUCCCACAGGACAAGGUUGACGACAUCCGCUCCAGACUAUUGGCCUUUCGCCAACGCCAAUCCUGCCGUCUACGGGAGCUCGAACAGCUGUUGGGCAAGCUGAACUUUGCCAGCCGCGUCAUCACGCCGGGCCGUACAUUCAUGCGCCGACUGUAUGACGCCACGCGCAACGUUUCCAAGCCCUACCACCGCAUCCGUCUCUCUCCAGAAUGUCAUCUGGACCUUCUUUGGUGGUCUCACCUACUCGAUGGCUGGAAUGGCAAGUCAUUCUUCCUCGAUCUCCAGGAGACUCUGGCCAGCGACAUCCUGAUAGAAACUGACGCAUCUGGCGCCAUUGGGCAUGGCGCAGUUUACGGCACGCAUUGGUUCGCCGACACCUGGUCACCACAACACACUCCGCUCUGCAUUACGUUCAAGGAGCUGUAUCCCAUCUGCAUUGCAUGUGCUACGUGGGACCACCAGUGGUGUCGCAAGCGUAUCCGCUUCCAUACCGACAACGAAGCUGUCGCCGCUGUUCUCAAGUCUGGCACCAGUCGCUGCCCUAAUGUGAUGUCACACCUACGGCAGCUCUUCUUCAUCUGCGCCAAGGGUAAUUUUAUGGUCACCGCCCGUCACAUACCGGGAACUACCAACAUCCUUGCUGACGCUCUCUCCAGGCAAGAUUUCAAGCGAUUCCAUUCGUGCCACCCUACCGCCGCUCACAUGCCCACUCCCGUGCGUGCUCUUCCGUCCAUUCCUGGGGAGACUUCGGCCGUGCCUUGCACAGCCGAGUGA